ACAGGAUCUUGGAAGUGAUAAUUUUACCUUUCUGGUUGGCCCCUCCUUCCCUAAUUUUGUUAAUGGAACAUUCCACACAAAGGUGAAGGCGCAAGUAUUAAAGGGCAGCGCAAGUGGAAACUAGUAAAUGUCUAUGUUUGCAACAGUUACAUGUAUGAGUCUGACCAAGGAGCUUUGUCGUGACGUUUCCUGAAUAUCAAGUGCAAAUGUGAAUAGAAUGCAAAAGGGAGUAUUAGCCAUGGAUGCCAAGUAGAUUGCCCUGACUGUCAAUGAUCUGUGACACAGCCUACAUUGUUGUGAAACUGUUGACCUUUAAAGUUAGACGACAGGGAGGAGCUUGACUAUGGAAACCCUCACAGGCACAGACGGACACGUCAUACUUAUAGCAGGGGGAGUGAAGUACACCGCCAACAAGGCUUCGCUCAUAGCCAGCAGUGACUACUUCAAGGCCAUGUUCUCCAGUGGGAUGAGGGAGACCUCGCAAGUAUGUAUAUCAUUAUUACAACAAGUUGUGCAUGAUCUGUUUAGGUUAAGGCAUGCAUGUUGCUCUACAAUAUCUAUGCAUAACCGAGAUGCCCGUCCCAGGAUUAAACCAGGGUCUCCCAGUUACCAACUAAUUGGAAUGCUGUGUGGCUGGUACCAGUUGAACAAAUAUUUAAACUUUUAUGAUUUUUUUAUGUUGGCACAGGAAGAGGUGACUAUCCAUGGAGUGACCUCAUCUGGACUGGACAAAGCCCUCCAAUUUGUAUCCACAACCAAACUGGACUUGACUCUGGACACAAUACAGGACAUUCUGUCCACUGCCUCCUACCUGCAGAUGACCGCUCUAUCACAACACUGCAGCAGUCACCUUAAGUCUAUACUGGAUAUAAACAACUGUUUAACAGUGUACGACAUUGGUCUGGAGUAUCACUUGCACGACGUGUGUGCCUGUGUUGAACCCGUCUUGAAGCAGAGUUUCACCGACAUCUUAGGUUCAGAAGUUCUUGUUGACAUUCCCUUCAAGUUGUUGCUGUCUAUAUUGAGCAGUGAUGAAGUAAUUGUCAUUCUCUUGUGCUUUGAUUAUUUUGUUGGACGAAGGCCAUUUUUGCUGGUUGCUGAAAAGGAUGUGUUCAAUGCUGCUUGCAAUUGGCUGUAUCACGACCGUGAGGGUCGCAUGCAACAAUCAGAUGAAAUUCUACAAGCGGUACGUUUCCCGUUGAUGACGCCGUCGAUGUUUAAUAACAUCAAAAGAUCCCCGGUUUCACGUGACUAUCCUCAAUGUGUAGCGCUACUGGCAGAGGCAUCGGACUAUCACGCAGAUAUCUACAGUCAGCCACUGCAGCAAAGUCCGCGGACAAUUCCCAGGGGAGCCACAUCACACGUCUUGGUAGCAGGAGGGUUAACCUGGGAACUAUCCCACGAUGCCUACAGUAAUAUACUCUGCUAUAACACUGAAGCAAAGUGCACGUCAAGUUGGGAGGUGUUGACCAGUAUGCCAGGAGAAACUGCACGUUCUGGACACUCAGUGGCAGUAGUUGGAAACUUUUUGUUCCUUGCUGGUGGGUUGGGUGGGCAAUCAUUGGAGAUCCUGAACACUGUGCACCGUUACGACCCUCGCACCAACCACUGGCUGGAACUGUGCAGCAUGACAGAGUCACGGAUGCAGUUCUGUCUUGUCCCACUAGGGGACAGCAUCUACGCUGUGGGAGGACUCAACAUGCAGUGGAGACUGGACAGUGUGGAGCGGCUUGACAUCCAAAAGAACAGUUGGAGCUACUGCAGCCGCCUGCCGCAGCCCUGCAGUGGUCAUGCCGCAGCAGUCUGCAGCAGCCACCUGUACGUGUGCGGGGGAGUCAGUACUGCCGGCGGGGUGCACGAUCUGGGGGCGUUCCUAACACAGAUGGUGCGGUACAAGCCUGAGGAGGAUCGCUGGACACUGAUGUCUCCCAUGGCCAUUGGGAGAGCUUUCCACUCCAUGGGUGCUGUCUGUGGUGCUAUUUAUGUUGUAGGUGGAGGAAAUGCACUACUCAGGGGAACCUUACUAGACGUGUCUGCGAUCGAAAAGUACAACCCAACUACCGACCAAUGGAGCAUGGUGAACUCUAUGGCCACGCCCAGAUGUUACAUGGGCGUGGCAGCCACGCCCACAGAGAUUUUCCUGCUGGGUGGACAGAGCACGUGGGAGGGGCUGUCCCAGACUGUGGACAGGUACAGACCAGAGGAGAAUCAGCUGGGGGAAGUAGAAGACAUGCGGCUGCCUGAGCCUGUGUAUGAGACUGAAUGCUGUGUUCUGGUACUGUCCUUGGUAAACAGAACUAGAGUGAAGUUUGGCAAAACACAAAGAUUGUGAAAAUAAGAACUUAAGCUGUUGCCUGAAAAGGACUAGAAAUGUGGAAAUAACUGAUACAGUCAAGUACAUCCUUGGAUGUUAUCUAACAUUCACUCCUUUGUGCAGUCCAGAAGCAUACGUCUUUUAUCACUGGAUAGCACUGGACACCACACACAGGUUUGAAUAUGAUCUAUGCACCUACAGUUAACAUGUCAUACAACAAAAACAUGCAACCAAGGAAUGAUGAC